AUGGCUACCUUGGACGUCGAAGCACUCCUUGACGCCACCGCGAAGGAUACGAGCGAACAAAAGACUAAGAGCCCUGUGGAGGAUAAAUCACGAGACGAACCUGAACGCAGAGACCGGGAUCGUGGCCAUGGCCGUGACGGAAGUCGACAUCGUGACCGCGAUCAUGGUCGACGCCGAGAUCGUAGAGACAGUGCCAAUCGAAGCCGCAAAGGCACUCCCGACAUCAUAGGAACCCCUCGAAGCGAUGCUGGAAGCCAUAAAAGUAGGAGGAGAAGCCGCAGCCGUGAUAGCGACCGCCGUCACUCACGCCGAAACAGAGACGGCGAUUAUUAUCGAGGCGGGAGACGCUCACGCUCUCGAUCACGCUCCCCUUACCGCCAUUACCGCCCCCGAGAUGACCGGGAUCCCCGUGAUAGGAGAGACCGUGAUCGACGGAACCGUGGUGAAUUCGGACGCGGUCGGGACGAUGAGCGCCGUGAUACCAAGCGCGAAGACGGCAACCCGCAGCUUACCGAAGACGAGCGUGAUCGCCGUACUGUGUUUGUCCAACAGCUUGCCGCCCGUCUGCGCACUCGCGAGCUGAAAGAAUUUUUCGAAAAGGUUGGACCUGUCAAUGAGGCUCAGAUCGUCAAAGAUCGUAUCAGCCAAAGAUCCAAGGGAGUUGGUUAUGUCGAAUUCAAAAAUGAAGAAUCCGUUACCCAGGCGCUUCAACUUACUGGACAGAAACUUCUAGGUAUCCCUGUCAUCGUACAAGUGACAGAAGCCGAGAAGAACCGACAGGCCCGGAACCCUGAGGCUUCGGGGCCCCAUCCCAACUCCAUCCCAUUCCACCGUCUUUACGUCGGCAACAUUCAUUUCAACGUCACCGAGCAAGAUUUGCAGGCUGUCUUUGAGCCGUUCGGUGAGCUUGAGUUUGUUCAACUCCAAAAAGAUGAGAACGGCCGUAGUCGCGGCUAUGGCUUUGUCCAGUUCCGUGAUGCUGGUCAGGCACGAGAGGCACUGGAGAAGAUGAACGGCUUUGAUUUAGCUGGACGUCCUAUUCGUGUCGGACUCGGAAACGAUAAGUUUACCCCUGAGAGUACUGCCAACAUGUUGCAGAGAUUUUCCGGCCAGAACCAGCAAAAUCAUAACUUCCAAGGUUCAGCGUUCUCUGGUUCCGGCGGACGUGGCCCUCAGAACUCUACUUUCGACCGAGCCGGUGGUCGAGAUAACGAGAAGACGGGAGGUGCUAGUGCUCUUGACGAUACCGAUGUCGCAGGUGUCAACUUUAACAACUAUAGUCGCGAUGCAUUGAUGAGGAAACUGGCCAGAACCGAAGAACCCACCACCAACGGCAAUGACGAGCGACAGGUCCUAAAACCUAAGACGGAGACGAAGCCAUUGCCUGUUAACGUCAACAUGGCCAGUCGCUGUGUUGUGUUGCACAACAUGUUUGACCCUGAAGAAGAGUCAGGCACCGAUUGGGUCAAGGAGCUUGAGGACGACGUUCGUCAAGAGGCCGAGAGCAAGUAUGGACACGUCGUUCACAUCUCGGUUGACCCCAACUCCAAGGGUGACAUCUAUCUCAAAUUUGACAAAGUCCAGGGCGGCGAGAAUGCCAUCAAGGGCCUCAACGGCCGAUAUUUCGGCGGUCGGAUGAUCGACGCGUCACCUGUUGUAGAUGCCGUCUACAGCAGUUUGUUCUCUCGUACCCGGGCAAUUUAA